CGCGAGCCAGUGCCAAUCGGUCGUUCGAAAAGAGCGCCGGCGGUUCGAUCGUUGAACGCGGACGCGCAGCGGGUCUAGGAUCUCCGGAUCCUGUUCCUCGAGAACCGGUGCUAGAUCGCAACCCGGAAGAUCGGUCUCCCUUCGAGCAGCGGCAAUCAGCCGGUCAGAAAAUCGGCCGGAAGCAAUCGGGUUGGUUGACGGAUCGAGCCUGGAGAAGCUCGUGCAGGUGGGCUAGACCAGCUCGUGGAGGACACGUGCGAUCGAUCGAUCGUUCGCACGGCGGAUCGAGGCCGGAAGCUAAGCGAAUCGCCGGCUCGGACAGGGUCGCAGGAGACAACAGGGUCGGUCAGGGUGGCCUUGGACAGCUCGCGCGACACACAUCACCGUCGCCCGUGAAUAUUUCACCGUGGCCUAUCGAUCUAGCCGCCAGAAGCACGUGUGUGUCUCGCGAUCGUGCGACACCUGACCGACCGUCCACGCUGCGACACCAUCAGGCAGGCCCCCGUUGGUCGUCGAAGGUCGCAGAAUCCGGUGGGAGUUAGCGUUGAGUCGCAAGCCGAGGGACGAGGAUUAGGGACUAUAGGGACGCUUUCGUGAUCGUCGAGCACACCGCCGCCGCCGCCGCCGCCGCCGCUGCUGCUUCUCUUCCUCCAAAAAAGCUGUGUUUGUUCCGACACGUACAAAAAUCAAAAAAAAAAAAUAUAAACAACAGACAACCGAGAGAGCGAGCGAGCGAGCGAGAAAGAGAAAGAGAGAAAGAGAGAGAAAGAGAGAGAGACCUGUGUAUAUACGCACACCGACACACCAGUGUUAAGACACCCAGUGUUUCUCACGUAACUGUUUAGCCUCUGUAGUAACCGCAGCCUAGUUCAGUCAUGAAUCUUAUGUUCCGCAAGAACUUCGGCGGCGACAAGGGGCUCGGUGGAGGUGGAGGAGGCGGAGGUGGCGGAUUGGAGGGUCGCUCGUGCGUGGGUGGUACGUACGGUUCCGGUUCCCUGGGGUACGGGGGUGGCAGGUUCGGCGUCGUCCGCGGCGCCGGGCCACCGAUCGUCGGGACGCGCGGCCCGAUCCGACGAAGCAGAGAUCUCGGCUACUUCCCGUCGAUGGCCGAUCACGAUCACCAGGGGUACGCGUACAGGACUCACCUGUUCUUCACUCCACCGUCAGGCGGGGCCCUCGGCUCGCCUCCCGACGAGCCCGCCGAGAGAUUGGGACCACCGCCCAGGAAGAACUCCGGCCCGCACGUGAUCAAAUGGGGCGGCGGAGGGGCCCCUGCUCAAGCUCAGGUCGCGGGACCGCAGCAACCCGUCAGGAGGAAGAUACAACAGCAGAAGGAACCGUCUGACCCACCGACACCCACUGCCUCCAGACAGGUCUCCUUCAGCGGGAACCGGGCAUCCGGCGCAUACACGCCCCUGGUGGUUUCCGGGAACAGUCCUCCGCGAGGCGAACCAAUCUCUCUGGCCACCUUGGACCGAGACUGUUUCAUCAUCCCCCUCGCCUCCCUCGAACGCUUUUUACCGGCCGGAGUACCGAAUCGCGAUUGGUUGCAGCACGCGCCAAUCGCGGACAAGAAGAGGCCCGGAAGUCCUUUGUCGGUCCUCGAGGUCGAGGACCCGAAGCAAUGUGUUCUCGCGCACUUCAUGACGCCUUUGGAACCCCUGGACCCCCUGAUGGAGUCCCCGGUCUCCCGUCCGUUGGUCUUGCAACGGGACACCGCCGCCGAGCUGGUCGCGGAAAUAGCGCCAUCCGCUUCCCAGAGCAUUCUGCUCACGAACAUGGAGAAAAAUGCCGAUUUCCCAUUCAUCACGUACUACCUAAUAAACAAACAGAACACGGAUCCCGUGGACUUUUACAACGAGGUACAAUGCGCCGCCCUGAGGAAGUUCGACCCGCGGGAUCUCCGGUACGCGGCAAGUCACACGUUGGAUCUGUUCAACGAGGUAGCAACGAUCGCGAGGCCCCCAUUGGAACCACCUGGUGUCAGACCACCGAUUCCGUCCACCGGCUACAUCGUUUCGAUCUUCAAGGUGUUCGAGGGCGAUGACGGCCUCAAAUUCGAGCAGAACUGGCUCUAUUGGACCGGCGCUCGCAUGAUGUACCGAUACUUGCCAAAAUCGGUGGGCCUGAGGCGCAUCACGCUGCACAAGUCGAUGUCACAGGGCGACAAGAUGUACCUACUGAUCUGCGAGUGCUCGCAGUUGCAAGACAAUCUAUCCGCGGCGGCCAUACUGUUGCCGGCGUUGCGGGCCCGGUUAUGCGGCUACACCGGUUUGUACAGGCCGUCCGUGUGCUUCUGAUUCCUCAAGAAACGCUGACGACGCGCCCGCGCCGGCUGCGUGCAGUCGGACAGGGCCACGCUCUGAGGCCUCGAACAGAAAAUAUCUGCGGACGUCGUCGAGAGGUAUCCAAUGGCCAUCAUCGGUGCGAUCCAAGGAGUGUCUCCCGGUCGAGACGCGACGCCGCCGCGGGUCGUUCUCUCGAAGAAGCGUUCGAGUCGGCUAAUCGAGUCUGAUCUCGAGCGUGUCGAGCGGGAGUAGGACUUUCCGCAAAACAGAAAGACCGUCGUCGGGCAACAGUCGGAGGAGAAGACGAAGAAGAAGGGAGCCUUUUACGAGGGGUCGUUUCGCUGACUCGUAAAACCGGCCGGCGAUAUCGGUCAGAUACGAUCUUCUCGUUCCCGGUUUUAUAAAAGUCACUUAUUUUCAUACACCAGCGUGUACUAUCACGGUGUUAGGCCGGCCCGCGCUGCUUGCGACUUUUAUCGAGGCUAGAAAGAGAGAACGCGCGCGCGCGCGCGCUAGCGCGAGAGCGAGCGCCGCUCCAUAAGGGCGGCGAGAUCCUACGGAGAGGAGGAUCGAGGCACGCGGUUUCCGGCGCACUCUUCGUAUACGCUUUAGGGACAUAUUCUCUCAACGAAUCUUGGUACGCUUCCGGGCUGCACGACCCGUGUCUAGUUACGCCUCUGGCCAGUUUGUAUUUUUCGACUUUGCAUACUUCAUCCGACGUUCAAGCGGACGUUUAUUGCAAAACGAGCGUGUCCGCUCGAUACGCCGAGGGACGCGCGCAUCUGCAUGCACACGGGAGGACGCACCGUGCUGUCGGCGGCGUUUGCCAAUGCGAGGCUGCAUGGGAUUAAAGAGUUAUCGGUAAAAUGGACAGCGAGGUCUAUACGCCGGGCGUAAUAUUUUUUUUCGCCUGAGUCGCGCUCCCUCUUCGACUUUUCGGCUUCUCUUCUACCUUUUCUCCCGAAUAGUCGAAGUCGAAUUUACUCUAUUCGAAAACUUUUUGCUCUUUGCUCGAACUCUAGAUAUCGAUACUUCUUUCUAUUUCUUCAUAUUUCUACUUUCUACAUCUUUCUGUUUCUAGAAUAGUCUCUCUCUCUCUUUUUCUUUUUUUCUCUCUCUCUACUUGUAGGUACUUCGUAAUGAAGUACGUUUCGUUCCCUAUCUUAAUCCUGAUUUCCAUCUGUUCGUAGGUACAGUCCCUCCAAAAGUAUCAGGACACUUACAUUUUUCUCCCGAGUCGCGCUCCCUCUUCGACUUUUCGGCUGCUCUUCUACCUUUUCUCCUGAAUGUACCUCUCUUUUUUCGACUCGUACUCUAUUCGAGAACUUUUUGCUCUCUGCUCGAACUCUAGAUAUCGAUACUUCUUUCUAUUUCUUCAUAUUUCUACUUUCUACAUCUCUCUGUUUCUAGAAUAGUCUCUCUCUCUCUCUCUUUUUCUUUUUUUUCUCUCUACUUGUAGGUACUUCGUAAUAAAGUACGUUCUAUUCCCCAUCUUAAUCCCGCUUUCCAUCUGUUCGUAGGUACAGUCCCUCCAAAAGUAUAUCAGGACACUUACAGAAAAUUAGAUAGAUUUGAAAAACCGAUAGGAAGUCGUUAGAAUUUCUUCAAUUUAUGUCGAAGUUAAUUGUAUUAAACUGUAACAAAUGCAUACACGUAUUUUACGUUAUAAUAAAACGAUAACGUGAAUUUUAUGAAAGGAAAUUCAAUUUUCUUUACGUUGAUAUAUCCGCCGCGUUUUUUCAUUACUUCGCGGAUCUUUUAAUAACCUCGACGUCCGGUUUAUUAGUUUUCUAUUAUUUCCGAUUUUAUCCGUACAUUUUGUAGCGUGUUCCGCGUAUUAAAAAAAACACAUUGUCGUACCAAGCGAAAAAUACAUUUUCAACGAACAAAAUAAGUGACAAUCGCUUAUAACUAUGUAUUUUCGACAAUACGAUAACGUAAAACCAGCAGAUAUUACCGAAUGAAAAGAUACAAUUUAUUAUUUAAUUAUUAUUAAUCGGCAGGUGUCCGAAUACUUUUGGAGGGGGGUGUACAUACUUUCUCUGUUCUCUUUUCAGUCGAAUGCUUAUAUUCGCCUAUGCGCAUGAACUCUUCUUUCAUAGCAGACACAUACUUCGAACUGUAUCUUCAAUGAAACGCUCUUCUACGAUUGACUUGCGAAUUCUUCUCUCUCUUUAAUCGAAGCUGUUUGCUUGCUCGUAGUUCUUUACUUUCGAUUCAAAUUCCCCGAACUAUCCACUCAAGCACCCUUUCUAUUCGCGCACACUUCUUUCUCCCUGCCAAUAUUCUCGAUGCGCCGAUUCCUCUUUAAAAUCGUCUCCUCCGCUUUGCCAAACUAUAGACCAAGUACGAUCCUCGCGAGAACAGUAGAGUGCCAAACAGAAGCGUCUUUUGGAUACCAGAAUAUUGCUGCAGAAUAUCAGCGAGAAAUGAUACAGGUAACUUUUAGCGAUUUUCACCUGCUGGUGUCGCUUGUUAAACGAACGUCUACCAGUGAUCCGCCGGCAGUACGCGCAAUACACGCACGCACACAGAGACAGAGACAUAUACAGAAGUUUUAUUACUUAUCGACGACUUAUCGAUUAAAUCGCUGACUACAUAUCAUAUACUCGAUAAACUGUGAUAUCCGAACGAUUACCGUAUAUGUAUAUCACACGGAUAGGGCGCGCGAAACGUGUCGCGCGGCGUAUCUUUCCUUUCGUUUUAUCUACGCAUUCGAACGAAUAGAGGAUCCUCCUGGAGGACGCUAGUCUGCGUGAUCAAUUUUAGGCGGAACCGGACGCUCAAGACGGUUUUUUAGUGGCUACGUCGGAGGACGCUCUGCAAUUUAAUCCGAAACUUUUAUCGAUUAACAUUUCACACCGUUUGAUAUUACAUAUCCUUGCCUGGAUUAUCGAAGCGAUCGGGCUCCGAGCGCAACGGGAUGCAACGGGCGGUCGUCCCGCAGAUUCUUCGAUUGAAUGGCGAUCUGUCUCCGGUCGAGACGCGUGUUACUACUAUUUUUUCGGAUGAACAAUUAUUUUUUGUCCGGCGAAAACUGUAAUUAACCCUCCGACGACGGGCCAUUUUUCACAACUGUACCAUCGACGAUGUUUAUAACUAUCCUGAGCUCUGUUCAGCAAUUUCUCGGAACAUAAUUUUGAAGAUAUUUCUUGCGGAUAUUUCUUUCCCGUUGUUCCUAAUGUAACAGCAAUUUAUUUUAUUUAAUUGUCAAAAAUUGAAUAACUAAGUGAACGAUUUAAAUGCUUCGGGUUGAAAUUGGCACGGCCACCGCCCUGCGAGGGUUAACGUUGUUACAAAAUUACUGUUGUUAUAUCGAAAUUACCCUUUGAAUGAACACUCGUAGCGAUACGAUAUUAGAAAGUAGCAGCACUUCGUACGCAAUUUCUGGGGAAAUAUUUCUUCGCUGUUGGUCUCACAGAGACGCGAAGUUACACUUUAUUGAACCCGGUUAAACUCUACAUUUUAUAAAUUAAUAAAAUGAUUUAUCUCUUC